AUGCCGGAUCAAAUAUCGGUGUCCGAGUUUCUCUCGGAGACAACAGAGGAUUACAAAUCUCCUACCACGUCCAGCUUCACGACCCGCCUGCAGAGCUGUAGGAACACAGUCAACGUUCUGGAAGAGGUAAGGCCACAUCAUGUUAACAUUGAGUCAGCCAUGGCUGCAGAUGGAAUUGCGUGCAAGAGCGACCAUUGCGCAUUGAUGAAUCAUGACACCACAGAGAUGACAUAGCUACAAUAGGCAUAGGCUACCCAAAUUAUACAAUUUAUGGUAAUAGCCUAUCCUAUACUCCAUUUAGUAGUAGCAGGGUCCUGAGUCAGUCAUUAAAAUAGACUCUGCAUCUACGUUGGCGUGUCAAAAUGCCGAUGCCCAAAGUUGUACUGUAUUCUGCAUAAUAACCUCAGAAAGUGCCCUUCACAGACAGCACUGUUCUGAUGUGCAAACAAUACAAAAACAACAUUUCUGUGAUAAGUAUUCCACCAUGGCAAGGUUAGAUUGUGAUGGCUUGAUUGAAUCUGUUUACAUGCUGAUUAUUAUCAUUAUAAGCUGCCUGUUAUCGAUUGGAAUUAUUGGCAACUUUGUAACACUUUGUUUCCAUUUGCACAAGUUGACAUCAAAGCCAAGGGUCAUGUGAUAAUACACAUCUGUUUACUAGGGUUGGGGAUAUCCAGAUGUUCAUACCAUUAUAACGUUCCUGUACCAUACAGGGGUAUACAGUAUUACCGGCAGUGAACACAAGGGGCGCAAUUAUUAUUAUAAUAUAUAUUUUUUAAGUACAAAACAAAUUUAGUCAGCAGGGAUCUUGAUCCAGGAUGGGAUUGAUUGUCUCUGCUGUAACCAAGAAGAUUGAUCUCGCAAGCUAGCCUCUUAGCUAGCAAGUUAGCAAACCAAAUGCAUAGCUGGAGCCCUGAGCUGGAGAUAAUUUAUUGGGUAAAUCUUAGAUUGUUAACUUAUAGUUAGUUAUAAGCAGUGGCACACCCAAUAAAAAAAUAUAUACAGUACCAGUCAAAAGUUUGGAAACACCUACUCAUUCAAGGAUUUUUCAUUAUUUUUACUAUUUUCUACAUUGUCGAAUAAUAGUGAAGAUGUCAAAACUAUGAAAUAACACAUAUGGAAUCACGUAGUAACCAAAAAAGUGUUAAACAAAUAAAAAUAUAUUUUAUAUUUGAGAUUCUUCAAAGUAGCCACCCUUUGCAUUGAUGACAGCUUUGCACACUCUUGGCAUUCUCUCAAUCAGCUUCACCUGGAAUGCUUUUCCAACAGUCUUGAAGAGUUCCCACAUGUGCUGAGCACUUGUUGGCUGCUUUUCCUUCACUCUGCGUUCCAACUCAUCCCAAACCAUCUCAAUUGGGUUGAGGUCGGGUGAUUGUGGAGGCCAGGUCAUUUGACGCAGCACUCCAUCACUCUCCUUCUUGGUCAAAUAGCCCUUACACAGCCUGGAGGUGUGUUAUUGGUCAUUGUCCUGUUGAAAAACAAAUGAUAGUCCCACUAAGCGCAAACCAGAUGGGAUGGCAUAUCGCUGCAGAAUGCUGUGGUAGCCAUGCUGGUUAAGUGUGCCUUGAAUUCUAAAUAAAUCACAGACAGUGUCACCAGCAAAGCACCCCCACAACAUCACACCUCCUCCUCUAUGCUUCACGGUGGGAACUACACAUGCGGAGAUCAUCCGUUCAGCUACUCUGUGUCUCACAAAGACACUGUGGUUGGAACCAAAAAUCUCAAAUUUGGACUCAUCAGACCAAAGGAUAGAUUUCCACCGGUCUAAUGUCCAUUACGCGUGUUUCUUGGCCCAAGCAAGUCUCCUCUGAACAGUUGAUGUUGAGUUGUGUCUGUUACUUGAAUUCUGUGAAGCAUUUAUUUGGGCUGCAAUUUCUGAGGCUGGUAACUCUAAUGAACUUAUCCUCUGCAUCAGAGGUAACUCUGGGUCUUCCUUUCCUAUGGCGGUCCUCAUGAGAGACAGUUUCAUCAUAGCGCUUGAUCGUUUUUGCGACUGCACUUGAAGAAACGUUCAAAGUUCUUGAAAUGUUCCAUAUUGACUGACCUUCAUGUCUUAAAGUAAUGAUGGACUGUCUUUUCUCUUUGCUUAUUUGAGCUGUUCUUGCCAUAAUAUGGACUUGGUGUUUUACCAAAUAGGGCUAUCUUCUGUAUGCCACCCCUACCUUGUCACAACACGACUGAUUGGCUCAAACGCAUUAAGAAGGAAAGAAAUUCCAAAAAUUAACUUUUAACAAGGCACACCUGUUAAUUGAAAUGCAUUCCAGGUGACUACCUCAUGAAGCUGGUUGAGAGAAUGCCAAGAGUGUGCAAAGCUGUCAUCAAGGCAAAGGGUGGCUACUUUGAAGAAUCUCAAAUAUAAAAUAUAUUUUGAUUUGUUUAACACUUUUUUGUUUACUACAUGAUUCCAUAUGUGUUAUUUCAUAGUUUUGAUGUUGUCACUAUUAUUCUACAAUGUAGAAAAUAGUAAAAAUAAAGAAAAACCCUGGAAUGAGUAAGUGUGUCCAAACCUUUGACUGGUACUGUAUAUGUUGAAUAUAUAUAUAUAUAUAUUUUUUUAAAUUUAAUUUAAAUUUUAUUUUGUUACGGUAUUGAAAAUCAUAGUCUGUAUUUCAAAAUACCCCGAUAUACGGUAAAUACUGUAUACGGCUGAAGCCUAGUUUACUGUCCUUGACAAGCUUGUAGAAUCAGUUAUUUCUGUCUCUGGCCUACCCCGGCCUAUUAGAAGCAAAACAGCCUAUAUCCAGUUAAUAUGUAUCCUAUUCUUUCAAAGCCUAAUCUUGUGACAUGAACAUGCUCUGUAUAACACAUACUGUCAUAAAAUUGUGCUUAGUUACAAUGUUACAACAUACAAUGAUGGUAUCCAAAGGAUCAGCAUAAAUGUUUUUGCGUUUGUAGUUGAUGAUGUCAUGAUAGUCUUCUGUGGUUUGCUCAUACUGAAGCCUAUGUUAAUUCAGUGCAGUUCGAUUAAGCUAGUUUUGCUCCUACUGCUGCUGGCUGGUGUUACCAGGCAGAGGGGGAGGAUUGGAUAUGAUAGAGGAGAGGGAAGGAAGGGUGUGCUAUAGUCCUACAACACGAUGGUCUCUCUCUGUUACUCUGAGCAGAGUAGCCAGGCUGUAGCAGCGGCUGUUGGCUGUCUCCACACAGAGUGGGGGUAGGGAUGGAUGGAUGGAGCAGCAAACCCUCCAGCCUCCAGCCGCUCACUGACAGAUAUUGGCAUUUACAGUGAUUCCGAAUUAGAAUGGCUCCACACAUAUAGCGUUGACAUCAGCCUGAUUCUGAACCUGAUUCUGUUUUGAUAGUACUGUGCAUCGAGCUGCAGCCUCUUCUUUCAAUCACAAUUAGUGCUGCAAGAGCUCACACGCAUGCAUGUGGGGCCUACGCACGCAUGCGCACACAUGGCCACACACGCACGCACGCCCACACAUACACACACACACACACACACAUACACACAUACACAUGAUGCCACGUCUGAUUAGCAAGGUGUAAUCAGGUGAGACAGGUGGAGACCAUGGAGAGCCAUGCAUCCUCAUACCAUCCUCAUCUGCACUGUCUUUGCCAUUAGGAAAUGGGGCAACAAAGAAGGACAGCAGCAUGCACCUUUGCCAUUCCCUAUUAAAACCAACACAUUACCUCAUUUUUCAUUGAAUAAAAUAGCGAUGAAGUCAAUGUUGCAUCUCUUGAAGUCACCGGUUUAAUGUUCUCACAAAGUGUAUAUAAAAAUAGCAGCCAUGGCAGAUGAUCAAUGCUGAUAAUCAUCAAUCUCCCUAUCGAUGCUAUAUCACAGUGUCAGUGGUCUCAUCCUCCAUUUUUUAACGUGUAGUAAGGAGGCAAGAGAGAGGCCAGAGAAGUUUUAUAGAUUCAGUAUUUGAAUCCAUUAGAUUUUGCCACUCCUUCAAGCCAGGAAACAGCAGACUGUCAUAUACACUACAGCCAGGCUUGUUGAGAACUAAGAAAAAUGCUAGGAUGCUGCUGCAUCCUCUGAAAGUGAGACUAAAGAAACACCCAAAAGUAGUCAAAGAACUUAGGUUUCAAUAAAAUAACAUAUAAGACAAUCUCUGUUCAUUGUUUCUCAUCCAAUAGUGAUAGUAAUGUUAUUAUCGUGUUAUUACAUCAUUGACCUCAAGAAAACAUAUCCUCCACAUAGGAAAAGCCAUAGUAAAUGGAAUAUACAGUAUACAGUAUGCUUAAGUUGAUAGUACAUGCUGCACAGAUGUACGAAACAGUUGACAAAUUAGUAUUUUCUCUCAGAAUGGCUGGUCAUGGGCAAUGUGUCAUAGCAUUUAGAGGUUCCAAAUGUCUCUCCCCGAAGGUUUAUAGUACAAAAAUAGAAAAAUCAGUAAAACAGAACCGGAGCCAUGUUUAUUCUCCACACGGAGCACAUUUUUGUUCGUUUAGUGUAACAAGGAAAGGCUCGCGUCAUGAAUCACCUCUCUGGCUCUGUGCCUUCCAGCUCCGAGAGAGACUGCAGCACAAACGAAAAACAUCUGUUGGAAGGGCCGCCAUGUGCGCCCUGCCCGGGCUGCAGCAGUAG